CGCUCGCAGAUGUCUGUCCGCUCAGUCAUCAUGGGUUGGAUCAUAACUGCAUAAACCGCCUCCUGGAGAUCGCUGCCGCCCGUCUAUUUUCAGCCUACUCACAGGUAUGAAGGAUUUCUCUCUGACGCACCACAUUUCAGCGACAGACACUCCACAAUCGACCGCCGAGUGACUAAAAUACGCUCUGUUUACAUUUUGUUUGGACUGCUUGACGUCGGGAGGUUCCUUCAGAGACUAGGAAAAGCGCGGGUAGGACCCCUCAGAGCAGACAACGUGAAGUGUUCGCCUUUUAAUCCCAUCUCGCCGCUUUCAACUCUCCUGUUUUACGCACAAGGAGCGCUUGGAUUUAUCGCAGCCAAGGCAACUGGGCGCACACCGGAGGAGCAUAUGCCCGUGGGAUGACAGCUCUCAGCGGCAGAUUCGCGCGUGAAAAGCAGCCUCUUACAUGUCAGGAAGAUGAAAUCCUUAGCAGGUCGGGAGAAGAACUCGGGAGGGUUUAUUAGGCCGCGUCACUCUGCGUUUAUCUAACCACAGCAAAACCAAGGCGACUGUAACCGGUGAGAUUGUGUAGCUGUUCAAAAAAAAAGGGAGUAACCAUGUCCAGAACACUGAAGAAGAAGAAACACUGGUCCACUAAAGUGGUGGAGUGCGCGGUGUCAUGGGGGAACCUGGGGGAUUUUGGCUCGGUGGUGGAGGUCCUAGGGGGAGCAGAGCUGGGUCAGUUCCCCUACUUGGGCCAGAUGAAGCUGGACGUGCUGGUGUGUCACGUCGGAAAGCUGCCCUACUACGGGGACGUUUUGCUGGAGGUGAACGGGACCCCCGUGAGUGGACUUACAAACCGAGACACCCUGGCUGUCAUUCGCCACUUUCGGGAGCCGAUUCGCUUGAAGACGGUGAAACCAGGUAAAGUAUUGAACACGGACCUGCGCCACUACCUCAGUCUGCAGUUUCAGAAGGGCUCGCUGGACCACAAGCUCCAGCAGAUCAUACGGGACAACCUCUACCUACGUACCAUCCCCUGCACCACAAGGCUUCCUCGAGACGGGGAGGUUCCAGGAGUGGACUACAACUUUAUCAAUGUCGGAGAUUUCAGGAUCCUGGAGGAGAGUGGACUUCUACUGGAGAGUGGCACCUACGAUGGUAACUACUACGGGACCCCGAAGCCUCCGGCAGAGCCCAACCUCGUGCAGCCCGACCUGGUGGAUCAGGUUCUGUUUGAUGAAGACUACGGUGGCGAGAUUCCCAGGAAACGCACCACCUCGGUCAGUAAGAUGGACAGGAAGGACAGCGCGGUCCCUGAGGAGGAAGACGAUGAUGAGAGGCCACCGCUGGUCAAUGGAUUGCCUGGUCAGUAA